AUGGCGAAUUUGUACGGCGGGGAUUUAACCAACAAAAUUGAUUAUGUGUUCAAAAUCGUGCUGAUCGGCGACUCGGCGGUGGGAAAAUCGCAGCUCCUGGCGCGAUUCUCGCGGAAUGAGUUCAGUCUGGACUCCAAGGCCACUAUCGGAGUUGAGUUCCAGACACGGACGGUUGCGAUUGAUCAGAAGACUAUCAAGGCGCAGAUUUGGGACACCGCCGGCCAGGAGAGGUACAGAGCAGUGACCAGCGCAUACUACCGAGGGGCAGUUGGUGCCAUGCUGGUGUACGACGUCACCAAGCAGCAGACUUUCGAUCACGUCGCCAGGUGGCUGGACGAACUCCGAGGUCAUGCGGAUAAGAACAUUGUCAUCAUGCUUGUUGGCAACAAAACCGACCUUGAGAACCUUCGAAAAGUAUCAACUGAAGGUGCCAAGGACUUCGCGCAGGGGGAGAACCUGUUCUUCAUGGAAACAUCCGCACUCGAGUCGACCAAUGUCGAGCCGGCCUUUCUGACCGUGUUGACUGAGAUUUAUCGGGUGGUGAGCAAAAAGGCACUCGUUGCGAACGAAGCAGAAUCGGGAGGGAGUGAGUCUCUACUCAAGGGGACAAAGAUUGUUGUUCCCGGACAACAACCGGUGAUUGCCAAUAACAAAUUCGGCUGUUGUGGGUCGUCAUAG